GCUCCGUGAGUUCAAUCGGAAGCACCGAUUGAAAAACAGCGGGCUGAAACGGGUGGUCAAACUAAAACAUACUCCAAGACGAAUUGAAAUCGAAGACGGAAUUAUUUUCCGUCCGGACCGUAGGUUCAGUUGUUGAUUCGCUACUUCAUUCGUCUCCUGCACACACCAAGAAAUGGCGGACAAAGAAGUGUACGAUGAUGCCGUGGAGGAGCGGGUUAUAAACGAGGAAUACAAAAUAUGGAAGAAGAACACGCCUUUUCUAUACGACCUAGUAAUGACACACGCGCUGGAAUGGCCGAGCCUCACCGUGCAGUGGCUUCCUGACGUCAGCCGGCCGGAGGGAAAGGACUACGCCAUCCACCGACUAGUUUUGGGCACCCACACAUCAGACGAGCAGAACCACCUGGUCAUCGCGAGCGUCCAGAUCCCUAACGAUGAUGCUCAGUUUGACGCCUCCCACUACGACAGCGAGAAAGGAGAAUUUGGGGGAUUUGGCUCCGUGAGUGGAAAGAUCGAAAUCGAGAUCAAGAUCAACCACGAGGGGGAGGUGAACCGGGCCCGCUACAUGCCCCAGAACCCCUGCAUCAUCGCCACCAAGACCCCCACCUCCGAUGUGCUGGUGUUCGACUACACCAAGCACCCCUCAAAACCAGUAGAUCCUAGCGGAGACUGCAGCCCAGAUCUUAGGCUGCGGGGUCACCAGAAGGAGGGCUACGGCCUGUCCUGGAACCCUAACCUGAGCGGGAACCUCCUCAGUGCCUCUGACGACCACACGAUCUGUUUGUGGGACAUUAGCGGAGGACCGAAGGAGGGCAAGAUCGUUGAUGCGAAGACCAUCUUCACCGGGCACACGGCCGUGGUGGAGGACGUGUCAUGGCACUUGCUCCACGAGUCGCUCUUUGGUUCCGUGGCUGACGACCAGAAGCUGAUGAUCUGGGACACUCGCUCUAACAACACCUCCAAGCCUAGUCACUCGGUGGAUGCUCACACCGCUGAGGUCAACUGCCUGUCCUUCAACCCCUACAGCGAGUUCAUCCUCGCCACUGGCUCUGCAGACAAGACGGUGGCUCUUUGGGAUCUGCGAAACCUGAAGCUGAAGCUCCACUCCUUUGAAUCGCACAAGGACGAGAUCUUCCAACAGGUGCAAUGGUCCCCUCACAAUGAAACCAUCCUGGCUUCAAGUGGAACAGACAGAAGGCUCAAUGUGUGGGAUUUAAGUAAAAUUGGAGAGGAGCAGUCAGCUGAGGAUGCUGAGGAUGGACCUCCUGAACUGCUGUUCAUCCACGGUGGGCACACAGCAAAGAUCUCAGACUUCUCCUGGAACCCCAAUGAACCCUGGGUAAUCUGCUCUGUGUCUGAGGACAACAUCAUGCAGGUUUGGCAGAUGGCAGAGAAUAUCUACAAUGACGAGGAGCCAGACACCCCGGCCUCUGAGCUGGAGGGCCAGGGUUCGUAACCCCUCCAGUCUCUACUCAGUAGUGCUUAGGAGUCUGCUGGGGUUUGGGGAGACCUGCCCUGCACCUCACAGGCCCCCCCGUGGCUGCUGAAGUCAGUCUUCGCCUGAAUAAAUACAGCAACUCGAAUGCUGUCUAAAGGGCCAAUGCUGGACUAACUCAUGGCUAAGUUCUCCUUUACCUUUUUUUGUUUCCCUUUUUUCUUUUCUUUUUUUUGAUGUACAUUGACAUUUCUGUAAACUGGUCUCAAAAAGAACAGUAUUUAUCCAUCUUUCUUUGAAAAAAGAUACUUUGUUAAACACAGGAGACAGUUGUAACAUUAUUUAAUGACCUUGGUAUUACAAGCUGCAGUUAUUUUAGUUCUGUCUUAAUUUUGGCCGCCAUAUCAGAAGAGCACAUAGCCUAAUUACCUUCUCCCUCCAGUGUAAUUACACAUUACACACGUACAACCUGGUAUAAAAAUGCAAUAAAAUCUUUUGUACCAACUGAAUGGAAUUGUACAGUUUUUAUAGUGUUAAAUUUACGAUGAAUUGAUACAUAUUUGGUCACUUUGCCACAAGAAAACUCUUGGGCAGUCAUAAGUACAGUGUAUAUUGAUGCCAUGCAAAUACUGUAUAGGCAUUUAAAUAAAAACAGACAUGGAGUAAUGUGGAAAAAUUCUACAAAAUGUUUUAUUGAAAAGCAUGACAGGACUCAACAUUUUACAAUCAAAGGGAAAAAUGGGCAAAUUUUGAAAAAUAAAAAUCUUUUUUCCUCUUCAAA